UGUCAAAGUUUAUUGGAAACGUAGCAAAAAUUGAUAAAAAUCGUUUUAUUGCAAAAUGUGAUUUUUUAAAGAAUUUCUUUUACUUAAAAACUAUUUCAAGAAAAGGGCACCGUAAUAUACAAUAACAAGUGUUGAAAUCCAUUUGAAAUCCCUAGGACUCUGUAGGAUACCCAUUUGUAAGGAAACCAAGUUGCAGAACACUUUGUUAUCAAUAUCAGAAGUUUAUUUAUCUUGUUCCGAAAAACCUUUAUUACAAAAUGAAGAACCGAUUCAAUACUUACGAUAUAGUGUGCAUGGUUGCAGAGUUACAAAGGUUAAUAGGUAUGAGAGUGAAUCAAGUUUAUGACAUAGACAAUAGAACCUAUGUUAUACGUCUACAGAGAUCAGAAGAGAAGUCUGUUCUGCUGCUUGAAUCAGGCAAUAGGUUCCAUACUACACAGUUUGAAUGGCCCAAGAAUGUGGCUCCAUCAGGAUUUACUAUGAAGCUCAGAAAGCAUCUAAAGAACAAACGCUUAGAGAAGCUAAACCAGCUUGGUAUAGACAGAAUAGUGGACCUACAAUUUGGCAGUGGCGAGGCGGCGUACCAUGUCAUACUGGAGUUGUACGACAGGGGUAACAUUGUACUGACUGACUGUGAUUGGACGAUUCUGAAUGUACUGAGGCCACAUGUGGAAGGUGAUAAAAUUAGGUUUGCUGUAAAAGAAAAAUAUCCACUAGACAGAGCUAAAACUAGUUAUGAGGCACCGAGCGCAGUUGCUUUGAAGGAAAUACUCGCCAACAGUCGACCAGGAGACAACCUUAAAAAGAUACUUAAUCCUAACUUAGAAUAUGGUGCAGCAGUAAUAGACCAUGUACUGCAAGAAAAUGGCUUAUCAGGUACAAUGAAGAUCAGUGCCGACCCUAACAAGGGCUUCCAGAUAGAACAGCACUUGGAUAAGUUGCUCACAGCUCUGAAACAGGCUGAGAUGCUCAUUGAAACUGGGAAAACGCAGGUUGCAAAGGGCUACAUUAUCCAGAAGAAAGAAGACCGUCCAAACCCUGAAGGAGGCUCGACGUUCCUACUGACCAAUCAGGAGUUCCAUCCAAUGCUGUAUCGGCAGAAUAAGGAUCAGCCGUAUGCAGAGUUUGAUACCUUCGACAGAGCUGUUGAUGAGUUCUUCUCGGCUUUGGAGGGACAAAAAAUUGAUCUCAAGACAAUUCAUGUAGAACGUGAAGCGAUGAAGAAGCUCCAGAACGUUCGAAAGGACCACGAGAAAAGAAUAACAGAGUUAGAAAGAGUUCAGCUAGAAGACAGGAAAGCUGCAGAGAUGAUAUCUCGAAAUGAGCCUCUGGUGGAGCAAGCUAGGCUAGCCAUACAGACUGCUAUUGCUAACCAGAUGUCCUGGGAUGACAUACAGCUCCUAGUUAAAACUGCGCAAGACAACAAUGAUCCAGUGGCUUCAGCCAUUAAACAACUCAAACUUAAAACCAACCACAUCACGCUACUACUCAAAGAUCCUUAUGUUUUCGAUGAUGAUGAUGACGAUGAAGAUGAUGAAAAUGAUGAUGGUGACGAAACAGGGAAGCUUAAACCGAUGAUGAUUGAUAUAGACCUGUCAUUGACUGCUUUUGCUAACGCUAGGAGAUAUUACGAUCAAAAACGGAAUGCUGCCAAGAAACAGCAGAAAACUGUAGAAUCCGCGGAUAAGGCGCUUAAAAGUGCUGAAAGGAAAACCAAACAAACGUUGAAAGAGGCUCACACAAUCAGCAACAUUACCAAAGCAAGAAAAACUUAUUGGUUCGAGAAAUUCUUCUGGUUCAUCUCAUCUGAUAAUUACUUGGUAAUAGGAGGUCGCGAUCAGCAACAAAACGAGCUUCUAGUAAAACGUUACAUGAGAUCAACCGAUAUUUACGUGCACGCAGAAGUAACAGGGGCCUCCUCCGUUGUCAUCAAAUGUCCCUCCGGCCCUCCGCCGCCACGGACCCUCAGUGAGGCGGGGCAAGCCGCUGUCGCUUACAGUGUUGCUUGGGAAGCCAAAGUUCUAACUCGAGCGUGGUGGGUAUAUGGACAUCAAGUAUCCAAGUCUGCACCAACGGGAGAGUACCUGACCACUGGAUCUUUCAUGAUUCGAGGCAAGAAGAACUACUUGGUACCUGAGCAUCUUCAGUUUGGCUUCAGUUUUAUGUUUAGGCUGGAAGACAGCUGUAUAGAAAAACACAGAGACGAAAGGAAGUGCAUCGCUAGUGAUGACACCAACUCUGAAGUUACUUCUGUCCAGGAUACUGAAGAUGAACAGGAGAUCAUCGUGUCUGAUGACGGUGAAGAUGAACCGCCAGAAGAUAAUCAAGAGACACAACAAAAUAGUCCUCUCGACACGAUAUCUGAAGAAACAGUUGAUACAAAAACGAAAUCACUACAAGACAUCACCGAUGAUAAUGAUAACAAACAACAAGAAUCAAAGGGGCCGAAAAAACAAGACCAAGAUCAAGAAAAAGAUGAAAGUGAACAAGAACAAAAGAAAGAUGAUAAUGCAGUGGAGAAUGAAAAAGAGAAUGAUUCAGAUAGUGACAGUUCCGAGGGAGCUUUCGACACACAUAUCAAGGUGGAUCACGGAACUGGCCAAGUGAUUAUAGAAUCCAAGACGAGAACGAUAUCCGAAGUUUCAGACAGAAGCGACGACAAAACAUUUGCAUUCCCCGCUCUGCCUAAGAAAGGCAACAAACCACAGAAACAGAAGCAGAAGCAAGAACAGAAGAAAGAGGAGAAGAAAGAAGAAAAGCCGACGACAAAGCGUGGCCAGAAGAGCAAGCUUAAGAAGAUAAAAGAAAAGUACAAGGACCAGGACGAUGACGACCGCGCUGCGAUGAUGGAGUUUUUACAGCCAGAUAAAGCCUCGAAGGAGUCGAAGAAGGCACUGAAACAAGCCAGCAAACCGAAGAGCAAAGCAGCAAUUAGACAAGCAAAGAUACCACAACCUGCGCCGCUCAUACUGGAGGCUGAAUCGGACGGGGAAGAGCCCGAACUUGAACCGGAGACGGAUCAGCCGGGAGCAGAUGCGGACACAGAGAUGCUGUGUCAAUUAACCGGCAAUCCCUUCCCGGAGGAUGAGCUACUGUUCGCUGUACCGGUUGUGGCGCCGUACUCCUCGGUGCUCAAUUAUAAGUAUAAAGUAAAACUAACGCCAGGCACCAACAAGAGAGGUAAAGCAGCCAAAACAGCUGUACAGGUGUUCCUCAAGGACAAAGCAGGUACCAAUCGCGAGAGAGACCUCCUCAAAGCCGUCAAGGAAGAAAACAUUGCCAGAAACUUCCCUGGAAAAGUUAAACUAUCCGCCCCUCAGUUGCAUAAAAAGAAGAAAUAAUUUUAAUUUGUUUUGCUAUUCACCAGGGUCCUUUUCAGCUACACCAACUUUAUCUAUUUUUACCCGAUUGCGGCAAAGCCAAAAGGAAGGGAAAAGGAAGGAAGGGCCAAUCCUAUUCCUUCUUUCAUAUGUAAGUAUAUAAGAUGAUUACUGGUUAGAUUUUAAUCUAGAUUAAUUUUGAUUUAGAAUGCACUAUAUUGCAGCUAUAUAGAGAGGCAUAUUCGCCCAGCGAAUAAUCUCUGUAAAUAAAGAUAAAAAAAAGGGUUAUGAUUUUAGCAGUCUAUGUAUGUAUGUUUGUAUCCAGAUUCGGUGUGUUCCACUGUAGUGUCUAAACUACUGAGUCGAUUUUGGUAAAUGAGGUGUCAAUUGAUUCGUUGUAAAAGUCCGGGUGACAUGGGUUAUAUUUUUUAC